AAUUAGCAUCCGAUCCAGCCACUACUAGUUAGUCUAUAUCAUCAUACCAUAGUUGUCCAGGCUCAAAAAAAAAAGGUUAAUACUAGCAUGAAGAAGUCCUCUUCCCUGCCGGCGGCGACGAUGUACGUGCUGGUGGUAACGAUCAUGCUGGCCAUCACCGUCGUCGUCCACUGUACGGACAUCCAAGCAGGCCAUGGUGCGGCUACAGCUCAUGCGGACGGAGGUCGUCAGGGCUCGCCGCCGCCGGCGCCGCAUGGCGGGAACGAUCGACGGCCAAAGCCGUCGCCGACGCCACCGACGCCGUGCCGCAAUCGCAUACGCCCCGGGGCUUCCCCGCCGUGCACCGCGCCGCCUCCACCAGCACCAUACCGGAAGAACGGCCGGAGCGGGUAACGUUAAUGAUGAGUGGCACCACGCGUGACCACCUUGUCACGUACUCACAUCGUACGGUCGAUGAUGGAGUACCUCUGCAUGCGAUCUGCCUGGAUAGCAAUAAGCGACGACACCCCCUCUAUCUAAACCCCUUAGCUUCUCUGCCUUAUUACAUGUACAAUAGGUUACUUAGAAGUGGUGUUUAAAUAAGAAAAUAUGUUUUUUCUAUCACGUAAUAUGCACUAGGUGCUUAUAAGGUGGAUAAGAUUAAGUUUCCACUGGUGGUUAAUUAUAAAUUUACGCUAACUUUUUAA